AAGAACCCAGGUUAUGUGAACGUUAAACGGCCUGCAUCGCUGCUUUCUUAAGCAUAGGGAAAGCUGCAUGUUUGGCUAAACAAUCUAACUAUGACAUCAUCUAUACGAUUUUAGCCGUGUAAGUGCACAAGGCUUCAAGCCACCGUCAACAUUAUGGACUACUUUCUACCAACAACACGUAUGCUUAAAACCUCUGUCACAAAAAGAGUUUCACUCAGUCGCAUUCGCCGAACCACUCUACUCACCAGCUCGACCGCCUUUCACACCACAAUACACAUCAACGGUACCCACCACAACCAGCAGCAUCGGCACAAAUUCGCCACCAUGUCGUGGAUGGACUCCUGGUCGCGCCCGUCCAAGUCGCAGGCCACACCUGUGCCGUACUACCUCCUGCCUGGCGGCGAGAACACGCCCUACUGCCAUAGUUGCGGUCGCGUUAUCGGCGAGCGUAAGACGCACGCGGCCGCCAGCUCCAAGACAGAGGCUAAGUACUGCUCGGCCCGGUGCAGGCACCAGAAGCCGGGCAAGCUGGACCGUGAGAUCGAGAGCGCCUUCGUGAGGUUGUUGAGCGGGCAAGAGCCUGCGCUGCCAAGUCCGCCGGACGCGGGGAAGGCGGUGGCUAAUACUGUCGCUACUAACACCACCGCUGCUACUAAGAAAGAUAAGAAGGGCGGCAAGAAGAUCAAAGGUGACCGGAGGAUCUUGGUGCCCUGUUCCGCGGUCGAGGACCUCGUCUUUGGCAGGAAGGAGGGUGGCGGUGCUGGUGGUGUGGCGGAUGAGGUUGCUCGAUCGGAGCGCUCUGGGGGUACGCCCGAGCCCAAGGCGAAGAAUGAGGAACACCAAGUGGGCCUGACAGUUGAUCAGGAGUCGGGGCGGGGUGGUGUUGAUCCGACGCCUGAGGAGGUUGCUGAGUGCGCGAUUGGGUCGGAAGAGAUGAAGCACGUCGAUGGGGACGUCCUGGCGCGCAUGUCAAUUCGCAGCGGCAAGAGGAUCAGGCCUCCUCAGCAUGUUUCCGAAGUCAAUGGCAGUGUGGGCGGUGAGAAGGGCUGGAAGGAGCGCGUAGAAGAAGACGAGGAGAUGUUGGAGAAGCGUCGACUGGGGCAGAAGAGAGCGAAGGAGAAGGAGAUGGUUAAGUGCGCUGCCAGGCGAGGCGUCGUCUUUGGGUUUAAUAUUGAUAGUAGUGGUUCUGGUGAAAAGGAAAGCGGUAAAAAGGAGCGAAGGCUUUGUGAGGCUAUCAUGAAUUUGAAAGUGGUGGAACCCAGUUUUGCGAAAGGAGACUGGUCCAUUCGCUGGAGGGAGUAAGGGGUUGAUAUAGGCUCUCAACCUUGACAAUUAGUUAGUAUUCCUCAUUCAAAUGUAACAAAACACACUAUUGCGUCGUAUUAUGCGAUCAACAGUACAUUUUGAAAUACCGAG